CAAUAGGCUAUUUAUUGUGUUUGUUAUAAUAUUUGUCAAGAAUGGGAAAGAAAAGGAAAGUUGCGACCAAUGACGAAUUUGAAUUCGACCCUAUACCGAGACAUUUAGUAACUAAACAUAUAAAAAAGCAAGAAAAACGACUUAUUAUUGUUUUAGAAAAUUCACAAAUUGAAACAGUUAAGACUGGCAACAGUUUUGAAUUGUUGAACUGUGAUGAUCAUGCAAAUAUUUUAAGGAAGAAUAACAGAGACCCUGGAUCAUGCAGGCCAGACAUAACUCAUCAAUCACUUCUUAUGUUAAUGGAUUCUCCACUGAAUAGAGCCGGCCUGUUGCAAGUCUAUAUUCACACAGAGAAAAAUGUCCUCAUUGAAAUUAACCCACAAACUAGAAUACCUCGUACUUUUAAACGAUUUGCGGGUUUAAUGGUUCAACUUCUACAUAAAUUCGCAAUUAGAGCGUCAGAUGGUCCAAUGAAGCUGCUUAAAGUUAUUAAAAAUCCUGUCACAUCACAUUUACCAGUUGGUGCAAGAAAAGUGACAAUGUCCUUUAGUUCUACAGUUGUGAAAAACUGUAGAGAAUUAGUACCAAAGGAUGAACCAAUUGUAAUAGUUAUUGGAGCUAUGGCUCAUGGUAAAGUAGAAGUAGACUAUUCCGAAGAUGUUAUAUCAAUAAGUAACUAUCCAUUGUCAGCGGCUUUGACUUGUGCUAAACUAUGUACAGCCUUUGAGGAAGUUUGGGAUGUUGUGUAAAUAAACAGUACAGU